UUUCCCUUAAGAUUGUUUCCAGAUGAUGCCAUAACUAGACCAAUUCUGUCUUAAAAGGAAAAAAAACAUAAGAAGUCAAUUCAGUUAAGUUUGCUUCCCAAAUACAAAGGGGAUUUAACACAGAGUUUACAAUGGUUUUAAAUGCAAACUCAUACAUUUUAAAAUUCAUUAUUCCAUGAAAAUAUAAAAACAAAUGAACAAUAUUAUUUAUUAAGACAAAUACUGUAAACAUUAAUAUGAAUGCCUUUAUUGUACUUGUGAAAUACUUUUGCUGUUUCAAAGCAAACACUGUAUUCAUUUCAUCCUGAGAGUUCCUCUGUAAGGUGGAUAAAACUGCAGCUUUACAGUUGAGGAAGCUGAAGUACAACAGAUUGUGUUUCUUAUACAAGGACAUGUACUAAUUAGUACUAAUUAGUACCCUAAUUAGAGGGAUACAUAUAACUAAAACCUAUGACCUGACACCCAACACAGUUUAUUGGUGUCCAAAUAGGUCUUUAUUUAGUACCUCAAACUUUAUGACUUCAUCAUGCUUCUUGAGAAAUUGCCACAUUUUGUGCAUGGCUCCCCAACACUUAGAGUUUUGUUUGAAUUCCUGGCCCUGUAAUAAGUGCUAAGAAUGCCUCUCUUUACUGUCUUGUUCACUGUUGAACACUGGCAUACCAUAAACUCGUAAUCCCAAUGCACGGGAUCAUUUAGAUGGGGUACUGUAUAAAGGUGGGUAGAUGGCUAGAUGACUUUUCAAUGAAAAUUAUCAUUUUAUUUUUCCUUGACUCAGAAAUCUCUUUAUUGCAGGAGGGCUCUAUGGACAGCUUAUAUGAGCCAGUCCCAGAACAACAACCUCACCAAGAGGGAACUUCUGGUAGAACUGAUUCUCUUUUCUCACCCUCUGGGGAAAAUGGAAACUCACACAGCAAUCUCUUCAUGGAAGCUUCUCAUUUUGAGAAUGCAAAACCAGAAAGAAAGAAACUUGUGUUGUGACAUUCCUGUAGACAGGGAUGUGAAAAUUAAAUUUUCAGAAGAAGAAACAUGUGUCUAAACUAGGCUCAGAUUAAAGUGGAAGCCUACUCGAAAACAUGUUUCUAUCGGUGAACUAUUAAUCUUCUGGAGUUCUCCUAA